UCGCUGUUCACUGUUAAACCAUUUAAAGUAGAUAUUAUAAAUUUGUUCUGGCAGCGAUUUUGAUGAAUAUUCAAAAUUUAAAUUCAGUUUAAUAUUAAACCAUAUUAAAAUGUCAAGCUAAAUUCUAGAAGAAAAUGAUAGGGAAACAGGAGGAUUAUGACAACCUUCUUAGUCUAGUGAGAGGAGAGAACCGAAAAUGUUUGGAAGAUCUUGCUCAGAUAGAAGAUCUGGAAGAGUUCUCAAUCCUUCUCUGUCAAAUCUUCCAGGUUGGGAUCUAUGAAAGACUUAUCAAUGAUCUGGUUCAACUCUUUCUAUUCUUCCACGACAAGGUUGAUUUCGCUGUAGAGGCGGCCAUCCUCUCCCUAGAGGAGAUCCUGGAGGAAAGAACGUGUCCAAGGAUUAGAUGGUCGGAGACAAUAGAGUUGAUGACAGCUCUUCUUAACCUGGAGUACAAAACCAACCAGGGAACUGUAGAACUGGUGGAUAAGAGAGGAAAAAUAAUGGAAUUCAUUGCAAAAUUUAUUCUGCAGAGGGUUGAGUACGGAGCUAUAAAAAAAGAAGGAGCAGAUAAAGGACGAGUUCUAGACAUAGCCCUCCACUUUCUCCUGGUAUACCAGGAGAGGAUUGAGGCCCAGGAGAGAGAAAUAUUUCUCAAUAUCUUCAUGAGAAUGAAGUAUACAGUUAUCCAGAUUGAACCCGGUUCUAUCGAACAGGAAAAGGUUCUCAGUUCCCUCCUUCUCCUGGCUAAAAGUGAUAAUGUGACAGAAGAAAUGUGUGUCGGAGAAAUAGCGAGUUUUCUUGAUUCAUCCGAUCCAAGUGUAAUAUCAUGCAUGGUCCGUCCGCCUAUAGGAUCACCACUAUGUUGCAGUUCACUAAGGAACUCUCCGGAUGUACAUGAGAUCAGGGCCGAAGGAGAUCAAACUUUAGAUAGGAGGAAAAGAUCUACUCCGAUAAAUACCAGUCCUGAAAACAGAUUCACGAAAGAGAUCGGAAUGUACACCUCGAAUACUCUGCCUCCGAUGGAAGAAGGAAUUCUCCUGGGAUCCGAUCAUGACGUGCUUGAUAACGGAUUCUCUGGUAGUUUUUCAGAGCUGAUAGAGCAGAAGAAAGGAGAGAAACAUCCCGAGUUUGAAGAACUACAUGAUCAUAAAGAAAAAGCUGGUGUAGAUGUAUCUGUUGAUUUAAACAAAGCUUCAUAUUGUCUUCAACUAGAAGAUCAGCUGGAUUUUGAAAACAUUUUACCGACUAUAGUUGAAGAGAAGAAGAAGACCGAUGUCAAGAUCCUCGGCACCCUUGUUGAUUUCCCCAAUAGUGUCGAAUACAUUGUUAAAAACAAGGUUAUAAUCGGCAGAGACAAGGAAUGUGACAUCUUGCUGUCUGACAGUACUGUAUCCCGGGAGCAUGCAGUCCUAGAAGUAAACAGUGACGGACAAAUAAUCAUCACUGCUCUCAACAAAACCGUAAUUAUAUCCAAGAAGAAGAUUGCAUCCGGGAGCAGCCAGGUUCUCCAGGAUAAGGAUGAAUUGAGGUUCGGUAAUACAAUUCUUGGCUGGCGUGAGAACACUGGACGGGAGAUCAAGAUAUUCCCGAAAACCACUGGUAGUCAGAUUAAACUCGAUGUGUUUGGAAAGCCUACUUCCACCAUCUCUAGAAUGGAUCCACAUUUAUCUAUUCCCUCAGAUUACGGAAGGAUUCCAGUCACUCCAUCCGCAAAGUUUUCAGGAUGGACUCCUGUAAACUGGGACCAUAAUUCUACUCAAAAACGUCCUUUGAACCCUGCACAAAUAUCAGCUUCACCAGUUCCCGUGUUGUCACCAAUCCGGCCAAAUCCACAAGUUUCCACUCCUCCUCUUGACACUAAACCUGUACCAAUCACUGGAAACAAAACAACCUCCACUAAAAACCAAACACCCUCCACUGGAAACCAAACACCCUCCAGUGGAAGCAAAACAUCCUUCACUAAAAACCAAACAUGCUCCACUGAAAACCAAACACCCUCCAGUGGAAACAAACCACCUUCCUCUGGAAACAAUCCACCCUCCACUGAAAUCAAACCUCUCUCCAUUAAACCGGUUUCCAUUAAAUCUCAGCGCCAUCGCCUUUUGGAAGAUGCUCAUCAUCUAUUUGAAACUCAGGGACUGAAACCCCAACCUAGGCUUAAGCGAUCACCAUCUAUCAAGGUUCCGGAUAAGAUCCCUAAGGUUCAAAUUUCGAAAGAUUAUGGAAGAGGAGCUUUCAGGAUGCACCACGGACUCUUCCCUUGCGUAGUUCUUGUCAAGCCUGAGUUGAGCACAAAGCUAAAAGAUCAGUGUGGUAUUAUCGACGGGUUUCUCAAGGAGCAUAUGGAGAUACAGGGGAUAGAAGAAGAUGUUAAUUCGAGUUCAGAUUCAAGUUUUUAAGUCGACUAAACAUGGUGGAAAAUUUCAAUCAUAUCGAAGAACACGACAAUAUCUUGAUAUAAUGUCAAUAGAUUAGUUUUGUAGUUGAACUUGAUACAUUUGUUAGCAUCUUACUGUCAUCUAAUUUAAGAUAAUUGAUGUAGCAUGGUAUUUUGCUAUAUACUUAACAUCGUACAUUUAAAUUAUAAUUAAUAUUUAGUUUUGGCGAUUUUGUUGAGUUGUGUAUUUUAUCUUAAACAAUAUUUUGCGAAUUCAACAUUAAAUAAUUUCCAGUGGAUUCAAGAGCAGAUUUAUUCAUUAUUUUUUGUUAUUCCUCGUUCAGAUCAAACAGAAGAUAGUUUGGACCAACUAAAAGGUUUCUGUGAUUGUAUGUUUUAUUUUUUUUUCUUGUGUUUUAAAUUUUUUUUAUCUCAG